GCUCUUCUUCCGUAUCACGAUCGCCGUUGUCGUCGUCGUUGUCAUCGUCGUCGUCGUCGUCGUCGUAGUUUUCCGUCACUAAAAAAUCAUUGCUUUCCGGAAUCCAAGAGCUGUGGAAAAGGUGCUAACAUGAGUGUCGAUGCGGCAAUUCCUCCACCAGCGGAUUCCUCCAAGGUGAUGAAUGGAAUGAUCGACCGACCAAACGGGGUGAGCAACGGUCAUUCGGGUAGUGGAGGUGAAAACGGCGAUCGGCAUAAAAGUCACAAAAGUUCGAGCAAGGAUAAGCAUCGGGAUAAGGAUCGGGACAAAAAUCGCGAGAAGGACAAGCAUCGUGAUAAAGAUCGCGACCGGGACAAGGACAAGAGCCGCGAUAAGCACAAGAGCAGCAGUAGUCACUCGUCGUCUUCGAAGAGCGCUAACACUACCAGCAGCUCGGACAAAGAGCGUUCAUCGGAUAAGGAGAAACACAGUUCCAGCAGCAGCAAGGAUAAGGAAAAGAGCAGCAGCCACCACAGUAGCUCUUCGACGCACAAAAGCUCCAGAAGUGAUAAGGACCGGUCGAAGGAUAAGGAACGGGACAAAGACAAACAUCGAUCGCGCGAGGAUGGCAAGGAUCGGAGCGAUCGUGACAAGAAGGAUAAGGAGCGCGACAAAAGCAGCCGUAGCGACAAGGACAAGGAAAAGCACAAAUCGUCGUCCUCCUCGUCGUCGAACAAAGACAAGGAUCGGGAUAAGCAUAAGAGCAGCAGUAGCGGCGGAACCGGCAGCUCCAGCCGUGACAAAGAUAAGGACAAGAACAAACAUUCCAGCUCGAGGAAAGAUAAGGACAAGCAUUCGACGUCCUCGUCAUCCAAACACAAGGAGCAUCGCCGCCGGGAGGAGAAAGAACGCGAGGAUGGACCGCCUGCCACUGAGACGGUAAAAGCGAAGGAAGAGCCGGAUUCUGUUCCGCAAGCGUUUUUAAAUGGAGAAGGCCACAUGCAGCAUCAUAACGAUUCACAGCUGGACAAUCGUGGAGGAGGAGGUGGAGGAGGAGCGGGCGGAAAGUCACAGCACGAUCCGUUGGAUAUUUCGCAGGCCAGCUCUUGCGACUAUUCGAUGUCCCAGUUCCGGGCCGACGAAACACCGUUUGCGCUUAAAACCGAAGCGAUGGACCAGAACGCUUCCAACCAGGAUGAAGAGUACCAAGAGAACGACGAUGAUGAGGGAGACGACGAGAGCCGUUACAAUGACUUUAACAACGAAAAUGGUCACCAUGAACAGCAGCAACAGCAACAUAUGUACCAUCAGCAGCAACAAGGAUACUUUGGUGGUAUGCAGCAACAGCACGAACAGUAUCAGGCAAAUGUGGCCGCGGCCAUCAAACAGGAGCAACAGUUCGAGGUUAAGCAAGAGCCACAUUUCGGCCGGGAGGAAGAAUCAGAGGACGAUAUACCGCUGUCGAAGCGCAAGAAAAAGGACGCGGACGAUGAUGGUUAUGAGAAUGGUGGCAAGAAAAAGAAAAUUAAGACGGAAAAGAAAGAGAAGAAGAAAAACAAAAAACGUUCGUACGAGUCUGAUGAUGGAGCGAACGACAACGACGAUGAGGAGGAUGCCGAUAGCAAGAAGAACAUAAAGAAGACCAAGAUCAAGAAGGAGCCUGUAGCAGCAACAGCGCAGAAUGCAAAGAAGAAGCCAGCUGGAACCAGGACAAGUGGAGGAGGAACACAAUCAAGUCCUACGAAGGCCGGACGGGUAAAGAAGGAGGAAGAAGAGCAGGAGGUGUGGAAAUGGUGGGAAGAGGAAAAGCGUGACGAUGGUGUGAAGUGGAAGUAUUUGGAACACAAAGGACCGGUAUUUGCACCACCGUACGAACGAUUGCCCCCGAACGUGAAGUUCGAGUACGACGGUAAGGUAAUGGCACUUUCCCAGGAUGCGGAAGAGGUGGCCGGAUUUUACGCACGUAUGCUCGAGCACGACUACACCUCCAAGGCUGCGUUCAAUGAUAAUUUCUUCAAAGAUUGGCGCAAAACGAUGACACAGCACGAGCGUGAACGGAUCACGGAUCUGCGUAAGUGCAACUUCCGUCCCAUGGCUGCCUACUUUGCUGAUAUUUCGGAAAAAAAUCGAAACCGCACGAAGGAAGAAAAAGCAGCCCUGAAGGCGGCCAACGAACAGCUCACGAAGGAGUAUGGGAUUUGUGUAAUCGAUGGACACAAGGAGAAGAUAGGCAAUUUCAAGAUUGAACCGCCCGGUCUGUUCCGGGGCCGUGGUGAGCAUCCGAAGAUGGGACUGGUGAAGCGACGCGUCAUGCCGGAGGAUGUGAUUAUCAACUGCUCGAAGGAUAGCAAAAUACCGUCCCCACCGGCCGGUCACCGGUGGAAGGAGGUCCGUCACGAUAAUUCCGUGUCAUGGUUAGCCUCCUGGACUGAGAACGUACAGGGGCAGGUGAAGUACAUUAUGUUAAAUCCGAGCUCCAAGCUGAAGGGCGAAAAGGAUUGGCAAAAGUAUGAAACGGCCCGCCGAUUACUGAAGCACAUCGAUCGCAUCCGGGAAACGUACCGCGAGGAGUGGAAGAGCAAGGAGAUGCGCAUUAGGCAGCGUGCCGUAGCGAUGUACUUCAUCGAUAAGCUUGCCCUGAGAGCGGGUAAUGAAAAGGACGACGAUCAGGCGGAUACGGUUGGUUGCUGUUCGCUGCGCUACGAACACAUUGCGCUGCACAAGGAGCUGAAUGGGAAGGAGAAUGUGGUUGUGUUCGAUUUUCUCGGCAAAGAUUCCAUCCGGUACUACAACGAGGUGGAGGUGGAGAAGCGUGUGUUUAAGAAUUUGGAGCUGUUCAAGGAGAACAAAAAGCCCGGCGACGAUCUGUUCGAUCGGUUAAACACGUCUGUAGUAAACGAAUAUUUGAAAGGAUUGAUGGAUGGGCUUACGGCCAAGGUGUUCCGUACGUUUAACGCUUCGUACACGCUACAGAAACAGCUGGAAGAGCUGACGGAUCCCGAUGCUUCGGUCCCAGAGAAGUUGCUCGCUUACAAUCGUGCUAACCGAGCGGUUGCCAUCCUCUGUAACCAUCAGCGGGCUGUGCCGAAAACGCACGAGAAAAGCAUGGGCAAUCUGAAGGAAAAGAUUCGUCAGAAGCGUGAACAGAUUGAAGCAAGUCAGAAGGAAUUGAAGGAUCUCAAAAGGAGCAACGUUCGUGAUCCAAGCGCGUUUGAAAAGAAAAACAAACAAAUAGAAAGACUCAAGGAGCAGCUGAAAAAGCUGGAACUGCAGGAAACGGAUAGGGAUGAAAACAAAACGAUUGCUCUUGGCACAUCCAAGUUAAACUAUUUGGAUCCCCGCAUCUCCGUCGCUUGGUGUAAAAAAUUCGGCGUUCCAAUAGAGAAGAUUUUCAACAAAACACAGCGUGACAAAUUCCGAUGGGCAAUCGAUAUGGCUGACGAAAACUACGUGUUUUAAAAUGACAAAUUGCAAAUUCCGUGCUGUUGCCG